AUGCAAAUGAUCGAUCUGGAGUCGGCCUUCAUGGUCCUGAAGCCGCAGCCGGCGUCGCUUGCAUUCGGCGAGAGGGCGCUACAAUCUAAAACGGGCUCCAAAAUCUUGUCCGUCUACAAGCAGCUGUUCACCCGGCUCAUACUAGAUGACAGAGCUCUUAGAGAUGGCAGCAAUGAUCUCGCGAACAUUGACAAAUCCGUGGCCACCAAGACCGGCCCUCCCCCGGCGGCGACUGUACUUGCGGAAUUCGAAACCAUCAUGAAGCCCCUGUACUUGAAGAUCCAGGAACACUUUGCUGCCACGCAGCCGGCCGCCGCCGCCCCCACAGCAACGGGCAAAGUUGACGUCGCCAACAAGGCGCACUUCGUCGUGCAGGUCGCUCAGGGCGGCGCCAAGUUGCUUAGCGCCAAGUUCGCUUCGCUGGACACAGCGGCCAAGACGGCGCUGAAGCCCAGGCCACUGGAGCAGCCAACCCACGACGAGAACAAGUUUGUACUCCAGAGACUGCCGGGCGGCAAGUGUACCAACGGCACCAUCACCAUUUAUGUGGCUGAAGAAAAAACGCUCUCCAUACAUCAGAUCAAGGUCCAGGUCCCCCUCCCAAAGUAUGAGGCGUCGUCUUCGUAGAGGGUUGCCGGACAACCCUUUGGGCGGGACUACCAAAGCAUGGAAAUGGUAUCCCGACCCCAUGCUAGAUGGGAGGGUUGGUGAGGCGGUAAAAUGUUCGCUGGCUUGAUAAUGGCGGCCGAAGAGGUCUGAGGCCUGACUAGGAACGGUGGAGCCCCCCGGGAGACCUGAUAGAUUGGGAAAAGGCCUAAUUAUCGCGUGUUGCGCGGAAUUAACAGCAAAC